GUCCGUCUGGAGCAACGUCAUUUAACAGCGCGAUAACAGAGCACAGGGAUGCAGCGGAGGCUAGAUAGGAAAUAUCAGUCAAUUAAAUUCUAUAAAAAAUAUUAAAUUGUGUGGAAUUUCAGAGGGAGGAAACGCAUUUGGGAUCAUUUUCAAAGCCUGGACAUUUAAAGGAAACUGAAAACAGAAGUUAAAGUGUUGACAGGAAGCCUAGCGAGGGGUAAAAACAGCUAAACCCGCAGUGACUCAGAGCCUCUCACCUGGACAGUUUGGAGGCACAAUGACGCUUCCGGAUGUGGACACCAUGAACGGAGACGAUGGAGCAGGAGAAUCCGAGGUCAUGUCCAGUGCCAAUCUGCUGGCUGCGUUCACGGAGAGCACCGAGAUCCGAGCCUUGAUCUCCAGCCUGGUGGAGCUGCAGGAUGACUGCGCGGCCCAGGAGUCCACCAUCCAGAGAUUCGUGGUUAUAAUGAACCGCUAUCAGGAGCAGCCGCAUCUUCUGGACCCUCACCUUGAGUGGAUGUUGAACAUGCUGCUGGAGCUCAUCCGGAGCGAGACGUCUCCCCCGCUGCUCAUCCACCUCAGCUUUAAAUUCCUUUACAUCAUCUCAAAGGUCCGAGGCUACAAGGUCUUCAUGCAGCUUUUCCCACACGAGGUGUCAGACAUGCAGCCGGUGCUCGAUCUCCUGUGCAGGCAGGACCCGAAAGACACGGAGACAUGGGAAACCCGCUACAUGCUCUUGCUGUGGCUUUCCAUGACGUGCCUCAUCCCGUUCGACCUCUCGCGUCUCGACGGCCGUCUGAACUCUGAGCAGAACAGAGAGCCGAUCAUGGACCGCAUCCUCUCUGUGGCCAAGUCCUACCUUCAAGUCAGUGAUAAAUCCAGAGAUGCCGCGUCAGUGCUCGUAUCAAAGUUUGUGACGCGGCCGGACGUGAAGCAGAAGCGGUUGGGCGAUUUCCUGGACUGGACCCUCAGCACCAUUUCCCAGUCCAGCGAUCUGAGUGGGUCGGGUUACCAGGGCACCGUGGCGCUGGAUGGAGCUCUGCAGUCUCUGGCUCAGCUUUUCAAGCACGGCAAGCGAGAGGACUUCCUGCAGUAUGCCCCCACAGUGCUUCAGUGCCUGGACCAGAAGAGGAUAGCAGAGAGCACUCAGACCAUGCUGAGGAAGCUGGCCGUGAAGGUGGUGCAGAGACUGGGGCUCACCUUUCUGAAGCCGCGCCUGGCCAGAUGGAGAUACCAGAGAGGAAGCCGGUCUCUGGCAGUAAACCUCGGCCAGUCGGCAGCUGCUGGAAAAGUUCUUGAUGUAAAACCCAACCUGGGGUCCAUAAGCCCAGAGGAGGACUAUGACAUCCCCGAGGAGGUGGAGAAUGUCAUUGAGCAGCUGCUGGUGGGUCUAAAAGACAAGGAGACAAUAGUGCGCUGGUCUGCUGCUAAAGGUAUUGGGAGGGUGACUGGAAGGCUGCCCAAGGAGCUGGCGGACGACGUGGUUGGCUCAGUCCUGGAGUGUUUUAGCUUCCAGGAGACGGAGAAUGCAUGGCAUGGGGGUUGCCUUGCCCUAGCAGAGCUCGGUCGCAGAGGAUUGCUGCUUCCCUCACGCCUCUCAGAUGUGGUCCCGCUGAUCCUGAAGGCCCUGGUGUAUGAUGAGAGAAGAGGAGCCUGCAGUCUCGGCUGGAACGUGCGUGACGCGGCGUGUUACGUGUGCUGGGCGUUCGCCCGUGCUUACGACCCCAAAGAGCUGGAGUCUUACGUCAAUCAGAUUGCCAGUGCUCUGGUCAUCGUCGCCCUUUUCGACCGGAACGUCAGCUGCAGAAAAGCUGCCUCGGCCGCUUUCCAAGAAAAUGUCGGCAGGCAGGGCACGUUCCCACACGGUAUCGAUAUCUUAACAGCCGCAGACUACUUCGCCGUCGGGAACCUGAACAACUGCUACCUGACCAUCAGCGUCUACAUCGCAGGUUUUGAGGAGUACACCAAGCCGAUGAUCGACCACCUGGUGGCCAGGAAAAUCAACCACUGGGACGGGGCGAUCCGAGAGCUGGCCACCAAAGCGCUGCACAACCUCACGCCACAGGCUCCGGAUUACAUGGCCAGCACAGUUCUUCCGCAGCUGUUGCCGAUGGCGACGGGGAUGGACAUGCAUGGUCGCCACGGAGCGAUACUGGCCUGUGCUGAGAUCACACAUGCCCUCUAUAAGCUCGCCGCUCAGAGUGACAGACCGGUCACUGACUUCCUGUCCUCCGAAUCCAUCGAGGGUCUCAAAGCCAUUCACCAAAUGCUCUCAGACAGGAAGCAGUACAGGGGGUUUGGUGGAGAGCUGAUGAGGCCAGCAGUGUGUCUCCUCAUCGAGAAACUCUCGCUCUCCAAAAUGCCUUUUAAAGAUGAUCCAGUCAUCAACGGCUGGCAGUCGCUCAUAGAUGACAGUCUGAACGCCAAGCAGAGCAUCCAGGAGGCAGCAGUCUCGGCUCUUGCGGCUCUCUGUCAGCAGUAUUAUCAGGUCCAGCCCGGGGUGGCCGACACACACAUGCAAGAACAGUUGCUCAGUCGGUAUCUAUCGGGUCUGAAGAGUACCGAGGUUCAGAUGCGCUGUGGCUGCGCUUUAGCUUUGGGUUCUCUUCCAGCCUUCAUGAUCCGCAACAAACUGCAGCAGGUGUUAGACGGCCUUCAGGAAGCCUGCAGAGUCACGCAGAAGGAAGACGGUUUUACGGAGGCCAGGAGAGACGCAGCCUCAGCUCUGGCUCAGGUGUGUGUAACCGUAGGAGUGUGUGCCCAGGCCAGUCCGGACAGCGCAGUGUGUGAGGGAAACGUGAGCGGUGUGUAUGAAGCCCUGCUGGAGUGCAUGAACAACUACACCACGGACAGCCGAGGAGACGUGGGGUCCUGGGUGCGUGCGGCGGCCAUGACGGGUUUACAGGACGUGACGCUACAGGUUGCAGGCUCCGCCCCUGACCUGCUGUCUCCUGCCAUUUGCCAGCGGAUGAUGUGCUGUCUGGCUCAGCAGGCUGCAGAGAAGAUCGACCGUUACAGAGCGCACGCCGGAGCCGUGUUCCUCCGUUUGCUUCAUAGCUCUGAGCCCGCAGUACCUCACAUCCCUCACCAGGAGGAGCUGCUGAAAAUCUUCCCUCUAGGUGGUGUGGAGUCUCUGAACUGGAGUGCACCGUCUCAGGCUUUUCCUCACGUCACGCGGCUCCUGAGGCUGCCGGUGUACCGCUACCACAUGCUGCUGGGCCUGGCCGUGUCUGUGGGCGGCCUCACCGAGUCCACGGUGCGAUACUCCUCCCACUCUCUGUUUGAGCAUCUGAAGAGCAUCCAGCAGGAUGAGGCGGAGAUGCAGCAGUUUGGAGACACACUCCUGCACAUCUUCAGGGAUAAUCUGCACAAUGACAGAGUGUCAGUGCCUGUGAUGAAGAUGAUGGACCAGAUGUUGGCCAACGGCUGCUUCGAGAUCUUCAUCCAUCAGGACAGUCACCCGUUCUGUGUGGAGCUGUUGUCUCUGUGUAAGGAGGAGAUUAAGAAGUCAAAGGACACUAAGAAGUUGCGCUCCUGCAUUUCAGUGUACUGUGGCCUGAUCCAGUUUCAGGGAGAUGUGAGGAAGAAGAUCCUGGUGCAGCUCAUGUUACUGCUUUGUCAUCCUUUCCCUGUGAUCAGGAAGACCACGGCCGCUCAGGUAUAUGAGAUGUUGCUGACGUAUGAUGACGUGGUUGAUGCGGCGGUGCUUGAUGAUGUCAUGACCGUGCUGAGUGACAGUAACUGGGAGAGCGAGCUGAGCGUGGUGCGGACUUACAGGAACCAGCUGUGUGAUUGGUUAGCAGUGCCACGGCCCACCCUGGUAACCAAGGGUCCCGUGUAAUAGUUCAGAAAAGCCGGAGAGUGUGAAAGUGUGUGCAGGUGAACUUCCUAUUCCUAACUUCCUAUCAUCAGCUUCCUCAUUCCAUGUUAAACACCAACAAUCUUCUGACCUGUUCAUGUUACUUUAAUAAACAUUUAAACACGUUGUU